AGGCCGUUAGGGCCAGGAAGCCACCCCAGAUUAAAGUAACUUCUGUCCUGACCAUUCGGGGACUGUGGGUAACAUUUUUGGAAACACGCAGGGAGUGGCUGUCUGGGCAGCUCUUCCUGGGAAAGGCUGCCCGAACUGGCUUCCUUGGAAGAUGGGCAGGACCAGCUGCAAGAUUCAUGGGCCCUAGUGCAAAAUGGAGAGGCAAGGCUGCUUGUUCAGAAAUUACUGAAGAUUUCAGGACGGCGGCGGCAGAGCCUUAAACCAAGCCAGCGGCCCUUGUGAGAGUGCCUGGCGCUCAUCCUCAAGAGGCUGGCCCUGAAGAUGGGUAGCCUGGAUCUUUCUGUGGCUCGGCGUGGGCGAUCACGAUGAGGACCUAGGGCAUCUGCCUGCGGACUGUCCCCCUGGCCUGCAGUGACCAUGGCCCCCCGCAAGAGGAGCCGCCAUGGCCUGGGCUUCCUGUGCUGCUUUGGGGGCAGUGACCUGCCUGAGAUCAACCUCCGGGACAACCACCCUCUGCAGUACAUGGAGUUCUCCAGUCCUAUCCCCAAUCCAGAGGAGCUGAACAUCCGCUUUGCAGAGCUGGUGGAUGAGUUGGAUCUCACCGACAAAAACCGGGAGGCUGUAUUUGCACUGCCCCCUGAGAAGAAAUGGCAGAUCUACUGCAGCAAGAAGAAGGAGCAGGAGGACCCCAACAAGCUGGCGACCAGCUGGCCUGACUACUACAUCGACCGCAUCAACUCCAUGGCCGCGAUGCAGAGUCUGUAUGCCUUUGACGAGGAGGAGACGGAGAUGAGGAACCAAGUCGUGGAAGACCUGAAGACUGCCCUCCGGACACAGCCUAUGAGGUUUGUGACCCGCUUCAUCGAGUUGGAGGGCUUGACCUGUCUGCUGAACUUCCUCCGGAGCAUGGACCACGCCACCUGCGAAAGCCGCAUCCACACCUCCCUCAUUGGCUGCAUCAAGGCGCUGAUGAACAACUCCCAGGGGCGGGCGCACGUGCUGGCGCAGCCCGAGGCCAUCAGCACCAUCGCCCAGAGCCUGCGCACGGAGAACAGCAAGACCAAGGUGGCCGUGCUGGAGAUCCUGGGCGCCGUGUGUCUGGUGCCCGGCGGCCACAAGAAGGUGCUGCAGGCCAUGCUUCACUACCAGGUGUAUGCGGCCGAGCGGACACGCUUCCAGACCCUGCUGAAUGAGCUGGACCGAAGUCUGGGCCGAUACCGGGAUGAAGUGAAUCUGAAAACAGCCAUCAUGUCCUUCAUCAACGCUGUCCUCAAUGCUGGUGCUGGAGAGGAUAAUCUGGAGUUCCGUCUGCAUCUGCGGUACGAGUUCCUGAUGCUGGGGAUACAGCCUGUGAUUGACAAACUCCGGCAGCACGAGAAUGCCAUCCUGGACAAGCAUUUGGAUUUCUUUGAGAUGGUCCGGAAUGAGGAUGACCUGGAGCUGGCCAGGAGGUUUGACAUGGUCCACAUUGAUACCAAGAGUGCGUCCCAGAUGUUUGAGCUGAUCCACAAGAAGCUGAAGCACACGGAGGCCUACCCCUGCCUGCUGUCCGUCCUGCACCACUGCCUACAGAUGCCCUACAAGCGAAACGGUGGCUACUUCCAGCAGUGGCAGCUCCUGGACCGCAUCCUGCAGCAGAUUGUCCUCCAGGACGAGAGGGGCGUGGAUCCUGACCUGGCUCCCUUGGAGAACUUCAACGUCAAGAACAUCGUCAACAUGCUCAUCAACGAGAAUGAAGUGAAACAGUGGCGAGACCAGGCAGAGAAGUUCCGGAAAGAACAUGCAGAGCUGGUGAGCAGGCUGGAGAGGAAGGAGCGGGAAUGCGAGACCAAGACGCUGGAGAAGGAAGAGAUGAUGCGGACGUUGAACAAGAUGAAGGACAAGCUGGCCCGUGAGUCCCAGGAGCUGCGCCAGGCUCGGGGACAAGUGGCCGAGCUGGUGGCCCAACUCAGUGAAAUCUCGACAGGGCCUGUAUCUUCCCCACCUCCCCCUGGGGGCCCACUUACCUUGUCUUCCUUGAUGACAACCAACGACCUGCCUCCACCCCCACCCCCUCUUCCGUUUGCCUGCUGCCCCCCACCGCCACCCCCUCCUCUGCCCCCUGGGGGGCCUCCGACUCCCCCCGGCGCCCCACCUUGCUUCAGCAUGGGGAUGCCCCUCCCCCCAGACCCCUUCCCCAGCAGUGAUGUCCCGCUCAGGAAGAAGUGUGUCCCCCAGCCCUCACACCCACUGAAGUCCUUCAACUGGGUCAAGCUGAAUGAGGAACGUGUCCCUGGCACCAUAUGGAAUGAGAUUGAUGACAUGCAGGUGUUUCGGAUUCUAGACCUCGAGGACUUUGAAAAAAUGUUUUCAGCUUAUCAGAGGCAUCAGGAGCUGAUAACUAAUCCUUCCCAGCAGAAAGAGUUGGGCUCCACCGAGGACAUCUACCUGGCCUCACGCAAGGUCAAAGAGCUGUCUGUCAUUGACGGCCGGAGGGCACAGAACUGCAUCAUCCUUCUCUCCAAGUUGAAGCUUUCCAACGAGGAGAUCCGGCAGGCCGUCUUGAGGAUGGACGAGCAGGAGGACCUCGCUAAGGACAUGCUGGAGCAGCUCCUCAAGUUCAUCCCGGAGAAGAGUGACGUUGACCUCCUAGAGGAGCACAAGCAUGAGAUUGAGCGGAUGGCCCGCGCGGACCGCUUCCUCUAUGAGAUGAGCCGGAUCGACCACUACCAGCAGCGGCUGCAGGCUCUCUUCUUCAAGAAGAAGUUCCAGGAGCGGCUGGCUGAGGCCAAGCCCAAAGUGGAAGCCAUCCUGCUGGCCUCGCGGGAGCUGAUCCGCAGCAAGCGUCUAGCGCGGAUGCUAGAGGUGGUCCUGGCCAUCGGCAACUUCAUGAACAAAGGGCAGCGUGGGGGCGCCUACGGGUUCCGGGUGGCCAGCCUCAACAAGAUAGCUGACACCAAGUCCAGCAUCGACAGAAACAUCUCUCUGCUCCAUUACCUGAUCAUGAUCCUGGAGAAGCACUUCCCUGACAUCCUGAACAUGCCCUCUGAGCUGCAGCAUCUUCCAGAAGCCGCCAAAGUCAACCUGGCAGAGCUGGAGAAGGAGGUGGGCAACCUCAGGAGGGGCCUCAGAGCAGUCGAGGUGGAGCUGGAAUAUCAGAAACGUCAGGUGCGGGAUCCGAAUGACAAGUUUGUCCCGGUCAUGAGCGACUUCAUCACGGUCUCCAGCUUUAGCUUCUCAGAGCUGGAGGACCAGCUCAAUGAAGCCAGGGCCAAGUUCUCCAAGGCCCUGACGCACUUUGGGGAGCAGGACAGCAAGAUGCAGCCGGACGAGUUCUUCGGCAUCUUUGACACCUUCCUGCAGGCCUUCGCGGAGGCCCGGCAGGACCUGGAGGCCAUGCGCAGGAGGAAGGAGGAGGAGGAGCGGAGGGCGCGCAUGGAGGCCAUGCUGAAGGAGCAGCGGGAACGUGAGCGGUGGCAGCGGCAGCGGAAGGUGCACGCGGGCAGCGCGCUGGAGGAAGGCGGCGAGUUUGACGACCUGGUGUCGGCCCUGCGCUCUGGAGAAGUUUUCGACAAGGACUUGUGCAAACUCAAACGCAGCCGCAAGCGAUCAGGGAGCCAGGCCCUGGAAGCCACCCGGGAGCGGGCGAUAAACAGGCUAAAUUAUUGACCCGAGGACUGGCCAGCAGCGGGAGACUGGGAGACAGGGAUGGGCCCCCCACCCCGAGGGGGCGAGUGGAGGAGGCGCUAGAGUGAUACUUACACCAAGUGCUGGGCUUAGAGCCCUGGGCUGGGUCCUGGGGGCAGGGCUGUGUGUGGCAGGACCCGGGUGUCUCCCCACCUGAAGGGGUUCCCCUCAUCUCCACUUCCCAUUAUUCUUCCUGCACCCCGGCCCCAGGGGUCACUCUCCUGAGACUGACUUGGACAUCCCUGGCCAGCCCCAGCCCCAGCUGAAGGGGCCCUGUUUCCCACCCUUCAGCAUGGGCACCUGUGUGUGGGCACAGAGCUGUUCCUGAUCUAGACUGGAGAGAGGUCCACAGACCGUGUCCAGAUUUCCCAUGCCAUGGGGAGUUAACAGUGGGCUGGGGGCACCCAGGCCCCCAUCUCUCAAGAGUAGGGUUAAUGGAACAUUGAUCUGGGGUGAAGUAUCCUAUCAAAUGGAAGAGGCAUUAGAGAUGCCAGCUAUGUGUUCCGGAAAAAAUAGUGCUGGGAGGAUGCUGCGGGGACCAAGUCAUCACGACAGGGUGGCAGUGCCUGUUUCCUAGAUCACAAGUCCGCUGGCCCCUCUCUGGCAUGUCAUAAGUCUCUUUCCCUUCCUUGGUGCCAUCUCCAGUCUACUAAUCCAGAAUUUCAAAACUCCCCUUUGGGUUCCCAUGACCAUAGCUCACUAUCAGGUAUUUGAUGGAUCUGGUAAGGGUUCACGAAAGACCCCAUUCAUCACUGCACCUUGGAUGCUGGGCACAGGGAUCCUGGAACAGAACUCUCCUUCCCCACCCUGACCUGGUACACCCUGAUCGUUGUCUUGGAGACAGUGACCUCACAGGUUGGCUGGGGGUUCCAGAGGCCAGCGCUUGAAUGGCUAGGUUCACCCUAGUGCUCCUGGGUCACCAACGUCACUUAGAGCCUGCGCUUCUCUUAACAUCUGCAGUGAGCUCCUGCUCUGUUCAGCCUGCAUGGGACUGCUUUAAACUGCCUGUAUCUGGCUGAGGCUGGUCCUGGGGCAUCGGUUCCUGAGAGGGUCCCAAGGGCAAGGGCUACCCCUCUGCCACCUCUAAGGGGGUAGAGGGCCCCCCCGGCCAUCAGCGGCAUUCAGACAUAGGGCACAGCAGAACAAGGCAGGAGAAGCCAGCGAAGUACCCUGCCCAGUGGAGCCAAUGGUGGAAAGCUGAGGGGGUCCCACUCGCCCAUUUCUGGUGCCUGAUUUGGUCCACCUGACUUCCAGGGAGCCCAUUCUGGUUCUCCUGUCCACACUCACCUUCAUUCUGUCCAUCUAGAACUGUCCUCGUGGGGCAGGAUGAUGACUGGUAUCUAUAGUUUUCUCUCGUAAAAGGACGGAGGGUAAGCCCAACACCAGCAAGGUUCAUACUUUUAAUACAUUUCCUAUCUCCUAGAAUUAACCCCUCAUCCUCAGUGUCGGACACCUGCCUGAUCCUCCCCCUCACCUCCCCAAUCAACAGGCUCCCUGCCCUUCCCCUUCUGAGUCUCACCUCCGACCUCCUCCAGCUCAGGGUUAUUGCCAGUGGACAGACUGGUGGGCUGGGGCCCACUCUUCAGCUGCCUUUUCUGGCGGUGGAACCAGAGUAGCUGCAGGGUAGGGGAGAAACACAGGGUUGGUGAGCCCAGCACGUGUUGGUUUGAGGGGGAGGGACUGGAGUAAGUGUGUGUGUGACGGGGACAGGUGUGAAAAGGCCACUGGAGUCCAUGUGAGGGCCAGGGGAAGGCCUCCAGGAAGACUGGCCACAGAGCAAUGUAUCCACGAGCCCCCACUGUUAAGAAGCUGGCGCUGGGGUGAUGGGAAGGUUGUGGUGAGGGCCUCUUAAGGCCCUCCCCGAGCCUGGCCAGGCCGGAGUCCGCCUCACCCAUGGGGGCAGGGAGGCCUCCGCUUCUAUGCAGCAGGCCCAUCCAGAUCCCAGUGUUCCCACCCACCAUGCAAGACUAGAUACGCACCAGGAAAAGAAGGGAUAAUGGAAGCGUUUGGCAAGACACGUUGGGAAUCACAGAAAAAGCACAGUUUGGUUUAACUGUUUACAGAGGACACAUAUAUUGUUCCAGGGCUCAGGCGUCUCACUUCUAAAGGUUUUGCCUUCUCUAUUUAUUAUUUUCUAGAUCUGGCCAGUGGCUCUGACACCAGACGCUGCUGUAGCCAGAUGGCCAACAGUGCCUUGGACCGUGGACCAUCAUGGCCGACUCAGCAAGAAGGGCAGGUGCCUUAGAGACGGCCGAGUUGGUCCUCGAUAGACUACGUGUUUACGCCUGUUAUAUUUGUUCCUUGGUCAUUCCCCCAUGCCCUUCCCGCCCCCCCCCCCCCACCACCUGCCACCUAUGGGUUAAUUUCUCUAGCUGUCUUAUUUCGUGUCCAGUGUAAAAUUCCAAUUAACCUGAUGCAACCUGUCCCUUUCUCAGCAGCAGCACCCACUGCCCACCCCCUCCUCUCAGAGAUGGAAGUAGGGUGUGUUUAGGGCGGCAGGAGGAGAAAAUUCUCCAGGUGGAUGGGGAAGGGUCUGAUCCAGGCUUCACCCUCCCACUUUGCACCCACUGGUGGGGGGCGGGGAGCAUGACCAUCUCCCCCACUUCUACCACCUCCACACCAAGGCUGUUCUCACCAGCUCUUUCAGACGACAGAUGAGGCUAAUGUACAAAAUCUGCAGUGUCCUUUUCGCCUGCACCUUUUUUUUAUAAGAAUAUAUUGUAAUACUAAAAAAUAUUAAAUCCGUACCACCCUCA